AUGUUAUACAAAGCUGUGCUAAUUGCGCUUUUGAGAUUGACCAUUGCCGCUGACGCAGCAGACGCAGCAGACCCAGCAGAUGCAGCUAAUGCGGUUGCAACAGCAGCAACAACGGCAGCGGCAACAACAGCUCUAACUCCAGCUGCUGCCACCCCAGCCAAUACCAAUACUCCCGCAACGACAGCAAACACAGCCGCAGGUGCAACGACAGCGGGUGCAAAUAUUACGCCUGGUGCUGCAGCUACUGGCGCCACGACAGCUGAUACGCUGGUAACGGCAGCAGCCACAGGUACUGGAACUGCGACAACUGGCACUGGCACUGGAACCACGGGAACGGGAACCACGGGAACAGGAACCACGGGAACAGGAACCACGGGAACUGCAACCACUGGUACAGGGACAUUACUCAAUACUCCAUCAACGACAGCGCUUACCACCGCAGCCACCACCGCGGCUGCCGCUGUACCAAACGGGGUUUAUUUCACAGUGACGUCGAUCAACGCCAACGGAGCAACAAUAACCAGCUUGAGGUUUGUGCCUGGAGGGCCCGCACGUACCACCACUGGUACGCUGACGAGUAGUUCUGGGACAUCACAGACUACACCAGUGGGAGCAGCAACAGGAGCGGCAACUGGGACAUUGUCCACCGGAUCUGCUAGGUUAACCACAGUCACAACGACAAAUGAUGUUGGUGCAACAGUGACUCUCACCUCCACCGGUGUCGCCGGUGCAACCACGCCUGUUGGAGCAACCACUGCCCCCGCUGGAGCAGCGACGCCGGCAACCACUGGAACUGUCCCCCCAGGAGCAAUCUCGUCUAGUUUGAGUUCUGCUUCUUCUGCGCCGUCUCCAGGACUGGGCACUACGUCAGCUGCGGCACAGAAUGGAUACGGUGCCACCAUCUCUGCUGCUCCUCAAGACCAAACAUAUUCAUUUGUCACUACUCGAAUCAUGAGGAGUACUUCAUCGAGUCCCGAAGCCUCGCAAUCGGGUGCAAAUGGACCUAGUGGAUCUAAUGGGUCUGCUAACGGUUCCGCUAGCUCGCGCUCUUCGCCAAGUGCAGCUAAUGCUGGUGCUAGAGUCGGUGCCCAUUUCAGCUCCUUAGUAGCCUUGGUUCUUCUCGUGUCGAAUUGUCUCUGA